GUCAUAUGACUUCUGCCUAUAUGUUUUGCCCAUCUGCUCCCCACAUCAUAGCUUACAGUAACUUGUAAGCAAAAGGACAAUGGGGCGGCCAACGACUUGUACCGUGGCUACUAUGCUGCUGCUGUUUUUGUCCAUUCACAGCGGUUUUUCGGGUCCAGUAUCUGCAGCCAAAGAGUCUUGGGGCUACGUGGAUGUCCGGGAAGGGGCGCACAUGUUUUGGUGGCUUUACUACGCCAACAGUCCUGACAACAGUUACACAGAGUUACCGCUGGUGAUGUGGCUUCAGGGUGGGCCUGGCGGUUCUGGCACUGGUUUUGGUAACUUCGAAGAGAUUGGUCCACUUGACCGUGAGCUGGAUGAGAGAGAAACUACUUGGAUCCAAGCUGCCAGCGUGCUGUUUGUGGAUAACCCCGUGGGCACCGGCUUCAGCUACACUGACUCUCCAGAUGCUCUCACCAAAGAUGUCGCUGCUGUGGCGGCCGACAUGUUGGUCCUGCUGAAGGAGUUCUUCUCCCAAAAGGCAGAAUUUCAGAGCAUUCCCUUUUAUAUAUUCUCUGAGUCUUAUGGUGGAAAAAUGGCAGCAGCCAUUUCACUGGAGCUCACCAAGGCUAUUUCUUCAGGAGCAGUCAAGUGCAACCUUGCUGGAGUAGCCCUGGGAGAUUCCUGGAUCUCGCCUCUAGAUUCUGUCCUGACAUGGGGACCUUAUCUCUACAGCACAUCUUUGCUGGACGACGCCGGCCUGGCUGAGGUGGGCAAUGCGGCUGAGGCGGUGAAGCGCGCCGUGAGCGAUGGAGAGUUUGAGAAGGCCACAGCGCUCUGGUCGAUCUUGGAGAAUGUGGUGGAGCAGAACACAAAUGGGGUUAAUUUUUACAACAUCCUCGGUCAAGAAUCUGACGAUGAUGACUCUGUGAAAUCCUCCCUAAAGGAGGGCUAUCUCUCUGUAUUGGCUAAACGCCACGUUCGGCCCCUGAACAGCGAAACUCUCGGCCAGCUGAUGAACGGCAAAAUCAGGAAGAAGCUUGGCAUCAUCCCACAAAAUGUCACCUGGGGAGGACAGGCGGAGGAAGUCUUUGCCAGCAUGUCUGGAGACUUCAUGAAGUCUGUGACUGAUAUUGUGGAUGAGCUCUUGGUGGCCGGGGUCAAUGUCACCGUCUACAAUGGACAGCUCGACCUUAUUGUGGACACCAUUGGUCAGGAGAUCUGGGUGAAGUCUCUGAGGUGGCCAGAGAUCCAGAGCUUCAGUAAGAUGAAGUGGACAGCCCUGGAUGACCCAGAGUCACCCGGCGUCACUGGGGGCUUCUACAAGACCCACAAGAACUUUGCCUUCUACUGGAUACUCAAAGCUGGCCACAUGAUCCCGUCAGACCAGGGGCCCAUGGCCUUGCGGAUGAUGCAGAUGAUCACUCAGCAGGAGUAGCAGGAGU